GUGCCUCGUACUGCCACCGUGGUGUGCCCAUGGAGGAUUUUUGAGCUGCUGCCAGUUCUAAUUAUCUUCAUGUUCUGUGAAUUUAAAGUUGUGGCAGCAGUGCCUGAAGAUAUGACAACAAGCUUUGAUCCUAGUGAGCCAUCAUUAGAAUCGCUGAUAUGUGUGGUUGCCAUUGGACUGCUUACCAUUUUCUUAUUUCUUUGGAGAGGAUACCGAUCAAUUCAAAGCCGACUUUAUUUGAGUAAAGAGAAUAGACUGGCUGUGGAACUUGCAAUGGAAAUCAAAAAGAAAUGUGAUCUGAUUGACAAAGUGUGCCUUGCUCAAGAGGAGUAUGAAGGCUUAGAGUCAUCCUUAAAGGAGGCCAACUUUGACAAGGCAUCAACAGAAGUACAGAGUUUGAAUGUAAAAAAAAACUUUCUAUUUUAGGCAACUUAUAAAAAUCUAGAAAGAGAUAAAUCUAAACUUGAAGAAGAAAUAUUACUUAUAGAGAAGAAACUAGAAGAAGAGAGAUCUAAACAUCAUGAAGAAGAGGAAUUGAUGAGUGACCUUUCAAAAAUGAUCCAGUCUCUAGCAGAUGAAUCACAGUCUGUCAAAUCACAGCUAGCUGAAGCCAAAACCACACUAAGAAUAUUUGAAAUAAAUAAAGAACGACUUAAAGGAGUAAUAACAGAUACCUUGAAUGAAAAUUCUCAACGUCAGGAAAGUGUGCGUCAGUAUUUAGAAGAAGCUAAAGUCAUGAAAGAACAAAUGAAUCAACUCAAUAAACAGAAAAUAGCAAUCGAAGUAUCCAACGUACAAGCAGAGCAACUCCUAAAGGUUAAGGAAAAUCAGAUCAAGUCUCUGAUGGAGAGCCUGCUAAGGAUGAAAGACUGGAAUUCUGUGCUUGGGGAAGAUGUAACUGAUGAUGGUAAUCUGGAUGUAGAAGUGAACAAUGACUUAGAGAAUAACCCUAUAUUUCUCCAUUAUAACAACACAGCUCUUAAGUUCCAUAACAAAAGGGGAACUAUAGUAAGGUAUAGUAAUCAGCCUAAGGGAGCUUUGAGGAAGCUAAUAUAUGCUACUGAGUUAAGUGCUUCGUUAAAAACCCUAGAAGGAGACAGAAACCAAAUUUAUACUCAGUUAUCUGAAAUAGAUGCAACAAAUGAUGAUCUUACAGAGCAUAUGCGAAGUCUCAAGUCUGAACAAGUGUCUUUGCAGUCAGGUAAUACACAACUUGAAAUCGAGAAACAGAAGCUUCAAAGGAAAAUCACAGUGAUGAGGGAGCUGUACCAAGACAAUGAAAGGAUGCUUCACAGGAAAAUAACAGUGGAGGAAAAUUGUCGAUUGGAGAAAGAGGAAGAACUUUUCAAAGUCAACAAGAGAACCAACCAUGUGAACAAAGAACUAGACACCUAUAGUCGGCGUGCCAAGGAUAUCGAAGAAGAAUUGGAGAGAACAAUUUGCUCCUAUCAAGUGCAGGUUAUGGCUCAUGAACAAAGGGAACAUGACUAUUGGCUGGAAGCUCGUGCUUUGGAAAGAAACGUCAAUGAAUUAAAGAGAAAAAAUGCUCUGAUGAAAGCAACUUUUCCCAACUCUGGCCCUGCUAAAUGCAAAGUGGCUGUCCAUGGCUUGACUCCUCCACUGGUGGCCAAGGUUUCAGGCCCUAGAGAUCAUGGACACCCUGCCAUUCCACAGAAUCCAAGAGGCCAGAAACCACCACCACUUCCUGCAGAUGCUCGACAGUAUGUCCCAUCAAAGGGAUGUGCUGGCCCAAGGUUUCCUCCAAAGUCAGAUGGGCCAGUACCUUCCACUUUGGAAUCCGGAAAGCAUGCCACCAAACAUGAUACUGGGAAGGAAACGUUGCCCACCACUAGACCUCCUGAAAACAAUGCAGCUGGUCAUGGCUUGACUCCUCCACCUGUUCCCAGUCUUAGAGGCCCUAGAGGCUCUAGAGGUCCUAGAGGCCCUGCCUCUCAAUAUGAUCGAAGAGGCCGGAUCCCACCACCUCCUCCUCCAGGAAACAUCUGUAGAGGUCCUGGACAGUAUGUCCCACAAAAGAAAUUUGCAGGCCCACAGUUUCCUCCAAUGUCAG